AUGCCACGAUCAGAGACGACUAUCAAACUCACAGCUUUUCAAGCACCCGCCAUGUAUCAAGCACCCACCAUGUACCAAGCACCCGACAUGAUGCAAACACUCGACCACUUCGGCACGGCCGGAUCGGCACACGACCGAGUGCUGUCGGGACAUUCACACGGGUCAACAGAUCCUUCAUAUGAGUAUGACUCCCCUAGUCACGCGUCAUUCCCAGAAAUGGGUUAUGGCGGCAUCUCACCGGACGGGGUCUCUCUGGAAGGUAGCCUGUGCGAAGACACAUCUGCAAUGGAACUCGAAGAACCUGAGACCAUGAAUCUCAAGGACAUCAAGGCCAUGGGGAUAGCCGCAGGUGGGAAGCUCAUUCAAGACAUAUACAAAGACCCGUAUCCAGCCAAGAUAUGGAACCACGCCGCAGCCCGCAUCCUCCAUGUGCAUAUACUCGACCCAACAAGCUGCGAGAAAAUAACGCACAUUGUUCCAACUCCGCCUUCCACCGAUGUCAAGGCUUACACAGAGGCUGGUGGCCAGUACUUCGUCGUCGAGGAAAAGGUGGAUGAGCGCCUCGACGGAGGCGAUUUUGACAACGUGAAGAGUGUCAGCCAAAUGGACCAACACAUCGGCAUAAGCACGGAACCAGAAUUCGACCCGACGAAGCCGAAGAUGUGUUUCUCCGCACCGAUGAAUCUGCCAGGCGAAGAGCCGUUGCGCGUCAAGGUACCAGUCAAUGUGCUGAAGAUCGAAGAUGGUAGGGUGAGAUUCGAGAGUGUGCAGAGGAGUAGGGUUUAA